GUCAUGCAUACGGAUGUGGCUCUGUUCAGCGUGCUGCUCUGGAUGGUCGAGGUGUCCGGACACAAGAACACCAAAGGGCAAAGUCUGCAUCCCUAUAAACACAUCAGGUUGACACAAGAAAUGUCUCCACUUGGACUCAGUCACAAGACCGCCAGCCCAAUAUACAAGAGAAGUCCAGAUAUAACUAAAGCCAGGGCUACGAAGUCAGAGCAGCUGCUGAGGAUAGAUGACCACGACUUCACAAUGCGACCAGGGUUUGGAGGGCCUGCUGUCCCAGUUGGAGUGGAUGUUCAGGUUGAAAGCCUGGAUGCGAUUUCAGAGGUUGAUAUGGAUUUCACUAUGACCUUGUAUCUGAGGCACUAUUGGAAAGACGAUCGUUUGUCAUUCAAAAGCAACACCAACCAGAGCAUGACCUUCGAUGGUCGCCUGGUGAAGAAGAUAUGGGUACCUGACAUGUUUUUUGUCCACUCGAAGAAGUCGUUCACACAUGACACGACCACAGACAACGUCAUGUUGCGAGUGUACCCCGAUGGCAAAGUCCUUUACAGCCUCAGAGUUACAGUCACAGCCAUGUGCAGCAUGGACCUGAGUCGUUUUCCUCUCGACACACAAACGUGCUCGUUGGAAAUUGAAAGCUAUGCCUAUACGGAUGAUGACCUGAUGCUGUACUGGAAGGAAGGGAACAGGUCUUUAAACACGGAUGAGAGAAUUUCUCUCUCUCAGUUCCUCAUCCAGGAGUUCCAUACGACCACAAAGCUGGCAUUUUACAGCAGUACAGGCUGGUACAACCGACUGUACAUCAACUUCACCCUACGGCGGCACAUCUUCUUCUUCUUGCUGCAGACGUACUUUCCUGCCACUCUGAUGGUCAUGCUGUCCUGGGUGUCCUUCUGGAUCGACCGCAGGGCUGUUCCUGCCAGAGUGCCACUUGGUAUAACUACUGUGCUAACCAUGUCAACCAUCAUCACUGGAGUCAAUGCCUCCAUGCCGAGGGUGUCUUAUAUUAAAGCUGUGGAUGUUUAUCUGUGGAUCAGCUUCGUCUUCGUCUUCCUUUCGGUCAUAGAAUAUGCCGCUGUCAACUAUCUGUCCACUCUCCAGGAACGCAAGGAAAGAAAACUGCGGGAGAAGUUGCCAUGUACUUGCGGCAUAGCUCAUCCUGGCAUGAUGUCGGAUUGCUACAGUGAGGUGGACGUCAACACCACAGGAAAUUACGGCAUGCCAGAGGAGAAUGGCAUGAGAAGGGAAAGGAUGCUGGUUGAACUGGCCAUGGAGACUGACCAGAUGACAGGCCAUGUUGGCUCCAGGGCUUAUAGCAGCAUCUGGAUUGACACACACGCCAUAGACAAAUACUCCAGGGUCAUCUUUCCUGGAUCUUAUAUCCUCUUCAACAUCAUCUACUGGUCUAUUUACUCUUAAAACGAUAACGCUUUAAGUGAAACACCUGCCGUCUUAACAGGGGCACCUGAAGUGAAACAUUUUCAUUUGUUCAUAUAAAAGUUUUGCAAAUAUAUGUUUUACACCUUAAGAUAAACUUAAGGACUGAAUCAAAAAUAAGCAUUUUUGAUUCAGUCCAUCUUUCAGUCCAUAGAGAUAUGUUUGUAUGACAAUCAUUACAUUUUACCUUAGUAAUGGAGUCAGGUCAAGGAUGUUGAAGGGCAGUACUCGAAAUGCGCUAAAAUAAUGACAGCUGUUAUGGGAAAUUGAAAAAUAUCCAUUGACUGUAUCCUGUAUCCAUCGACUUCUAGCUUCGCUUCACUUUUGCUAGAAGAUUUUCAUUGUGAUUGAAGAUGUGAUUUUUAUUUUCACAUUUUAAGCUGGAGCUGUGUUAUUAAAAUGGAGGAAGAACAGUUAGAUUGACUGAACUGGACUGUAUGUGUUUGUCUGAUUUUACUGAAUUUAUUGAAAAAUGACCUGAGCUAGACCAUAUUAAAAGCAAUUGCAGUUUUUACUUGUCAAGGAUAUUUUUAAAUGCUGGUUGUUUGCAGAUGGUCUUGCUCUUAUUUCCACCAGUAGGAAUGACAACUGGAUCAAAGGUAAAAGUAAGGUUUUUGACAGAUGAGCAGAAAAAGGAGAAAAUUGGAACCAAAGACAUAAUCAGUGUGCUAAUGUGGAUCUGAUGAUCCACAGAAGAACCAGGACCAAAGAGUCCACAGUGUGUGAGAUGUCACUGAUAGCCUGCAGAGCUGAGCUGAGCUGUGUUGGGGUUUAAAUCCAGACUGAAACUUCUCAUAAAUGUCCGACUAGAAGACUGCUGAUUACAGACACAAGUAGAAACUACAUCAAGUCUCCAGAUGCUGUGUAUGUGUGCUUAAGCACACAGUCACAAACUCUACAAACUACAAACACAAACUCACACCAACUCUAUAAACUUUGAAAUAGCAUUUGCUGAGGAAAUAUGUUCUGUACAACAUUACAAGGAAAUGGUCAGACAACAUGAAAGUUUAAGUCCAACUUCUCUGAGUUCCAAUUCCAUUAACUGGUUAGAAGAGACACAGGCACAAAACAAACCACAAACAUACAUAUAUAGACAAUGUUGAAAUGAUGAAAU